AUGCAAUCAGAAUCUGAAUCUCAUGAAAAUGCAGGCACACAACCUCAAAACAGUGACAAUGAAAAAGAAAAUCAAAAAAAGGAUAAUGAAAAAGAAAUUUUAGAAAAGAUUGCAGAGCUUAAGGGAUCAGAUGAUUUUAGGCAAGUCUAUGGUUUAUUUGAAGCUCUUGCAUAUCAAAACAAUCAAAAAAUGAUUGCAAAAGCAUGUGAAGAAGGACUUUGGGAAACAAAAACUCCUCGAAAAGAAGUUUUUGAUGAUACAAAGAAUGUUCUUCAUGUUGCUGCUGAAAAAGGAAAUCUCAAUCUUGUAAAAUCUCUUAUUGAAUGUGGCUGCGACAAGGAAUCAAAGGAUGGUAUUGGAGAAACUCCACUCUUUCGUGCUUCGGGCCAAGGACAACUUGAAGUCGUCAAAUAUCUUCUCUCUAUUGGAGCCAACAAAGAAGCAAAGAAUAAAUACGAUUCUUUUCCAAUAAUCAGUGCAGCAUUUUGUGGUCAUGUUGAAGUUGUCAAAGCUCUUAUUUCUGCUGGAGCUAAAAAAGAUGCAAAAGAUUCUCGCGAUACAACACCACUUAUUAGUGCAUCAAAAUUCGGCAACACUGAAGUUAUUAAAUAUCUUCUCUCUGUUAAAGCCAGUAAAGAUGCUACAGAUCAUGACGGAAAUACAGCGCUCAGUUGGGCAUCAAGCAAUGGUCAUCUUGAAAUUGUUAAACUUUUAAUCUCUGCUGGUGCUAAAAAAGAUGUUAAGGACAGAUAUGGAUGGACUCCACUCAUUCGUGCAUCGCAAAAAGGAUAUCUUGAAGUUGUUAAAUAUCUUAUUUCUGCUGGUGCUGAUAAAGAGGCAAAGGAUAAAAGUGGAAAUACUCCACUCAUUCAUGCAUCAGAAAAAGGUCAACUUAAAGUUGUCGAAUAUCUGAUCUCAGUUGGAGUUAAAAAAGAUGUAAAGAAUAAAAAAGGACAAACAACACUCUCAGUUGCAUCUCCAAAUGUCAAAGGAUAUCUCAUUUCUGUUGGAGCCAAUUAA